AUGGCUGACGAAAAGACGGAGCCUGUUCCAACGACUGACGCACCAAGCAAGUGCUCCACCUCCUCGCCCCUUGACUCCGCAAUCGCGCCCAACUACCCCAAAACCUGGAACCUCGCCAUCAUAACGUUCUCUCUCGCUCUGGGAACAUUUCUAGUUGCGCUCGAUACUUUGAUCGUCGGAAUAGCGAUUCCAACGAUAACAUCGCAGUUUCGCUCGCUGGAUGAUAUCGCAUGGUAUGGAAGCGCGUAUCUUAUUACACUUACGGCUAUUCAACCUUCGUUUGGGAGAGUGUACAAGUUAUAUAGCGCUAAGGCGACAUAUCUUGUGUGUGUGGCGGUCUUUGAAGUCGGCUCCAUUAUCUGCGCUGUCGCUCCAAAAUCAACAGUCUUCAUCCUUGGCCGUGCUAUCGCGGGCUGCGGGGCUGCGGGCCUCUUCCAAGGCGCUCUAAAUAUCAUCACGAAUACGGUACCACUGGAAAAGAGGCCCCUCUAUCUUGGGAUUGUGAUUAGCGUUUGGGGUAUCAGCGUCUGCAUUGGACCUGUGCUUGGGGGUGCAUUCACACAAAACAUCAGUUGGCGAUGGUGUUUCUGGAUUAACGUCCCCAUCGGCGCCGUAACCUUCAUCCUCGUCCUCAUCUUCUUCAAUCCCAGCUUCAAGAACGAGAAACGCCAAUCACAAAGCCUGACACGCCAACUGUCAAAGCUCGACCCAGUUGGCGCUAUAGCAAUCAUUGCAGCUACAGUCUGUUUCUUCCUGGCCCUUCAAUGGGGAGGCCAAUCCCGACCAUGGAACUCUUCAACGGUGAUUGGCCUAUUCGUCGGCUCAGGACUACUUCUUUCCGUGUUCUGUUUUCUGCAGUAUAAGAUGGGCGAAGAUGCUACUACGCCUUUGCGCGUACUGAAGCAGAGAUCCAUUCUUUUCGGGUCGUUGUUUUUGUUUACUAGUGCUAUGCCGGCAUAUGUUUACGGCUACUAUCUCCCAAUCUAUCUCCAAUCAGUCAAAGGCUCUUCACCGACGAAAAGUGGUCUUGAGUUCAUGGCCUUAGCCCUCCCUCAAAUCGUCUUCAUUGUCGUUGCGGGUGCAGUGACUACGCAGUGGGGCUAUUACGUGCCGUACUUAAUAGUAGGAACCGCGAUCCAGAUCGUAGGAUCCGGGCUAUUGAUCACGCUUGAUGCAGACACGUCUACGCUCAAGUGGGCGGCUUACAUGGUGAUUGAGGGGAUUGGGAAUGGGAUUGGCGUCAAUCUUCCGUAUACUGCUAUACAAGUGGUCCUCAGAGAGGAAGACGUUCCAACGGGUAAUGCAAUAGCCCAAUUUGCCUACCAACUGGGAGCCGCAAUCGGUCUUACCAUUGGGCAAACCCUCUUCCUUAACAAACUCACCUCCGAAGUCUCCCGCCGCACGACCGCCGUCUCCCCCGCCGCCGUCAUCGCAGCCGGUGCCCACCAUCUACCCAGCCUUGCUCAGACACCACAGCUCCUCCGUGUUUUACAGCAAGUCUAUGCAACAGCUAUUAAGAAAACUUUGCUAUUUGCAUUGGCAAUGGUGUGCAUUGCUUGGGCAUUUACAUUUGGGGUGGAAAAUUUGAAUAUUAAGAGGAAGGCAAGUAGAAGGGAAGAAAACGAGAAUGAACAGAUACCCGUGGAAGACAGCGUUUGA